GCUGUCAAAAUAUCUACAAUUUACUUGUGAUGUAUUUGGUACUGUGGCGAGUUAUUUCAAUUGCAAUUUUACUUUAUAUUAUUUCAAAUAAUUACCUAAUUGUCUUUUGUUAGAUCUAUUUGAUGUACAGAUAUUGUUAUCAUGGCCAAAAGAAAGGCAGGAGUAAACGAUAUAAUUUAUGAAUUGGACAAUGAUGAUAUCGAAGUCAGUAGUGAAGAUGAAACAAAAGAUGCUAAAUAUAAACGUCUGGAUACAGAAUCAACUAUUAAUUUAGUCUCUAAUAUAGAUGACGAUAAUAGUUGUACUAAACAAAAAGAUAUAUUACUUGAUUCAAGUGAUAAAGAAAUAAAGGAGUCACGUUUGUGUAUAGAUACAUAUAAUGGAGGGAAAAUUUCGGUUGAUAGUACUCCUUUUGAAGGUAACAUAAAUCUAAUUAAUGAUAGUACAAAAACCCAAGAAACUGAUGAAACUAAUAACGGAAAGUUAAUAAGUGGUGAUGGCAACAAAACUACAAUAUUCAAUGAAGACAUUGACAUUGAUUCCCCAACAUCGUUUAGUGAUUUAGGAGUAGUGGGAUGUGAAAAUAGGACUCCGUUAAUCUCCGUACGAUUUAGAGAUAAGAAGUUAGCUGCUAAUUAUAAAAGACAAUUAAAGACUUUUAUGUUAAAACUUAUUAAAUUACAUGAAAAUGACUCAUCUGAGGUAGAUAAUGAAACUGAUAUAGAAUUGGAUAUUUGGCCUGAGGAUUUGAAUGAUGAUGAAUUUGAAAAUGAUGAUAAUAAUAAGCAGAGUGGAUUAUUCUUUGUGGAUACUGCACCCUGCUCAAACACUGUGGAAGAAGUACCAGCAUAUACCCAGGCAUCAGCUUUAAUAUCAAAUAAACCCAACAAAGAAACAUCUCCUCCACCUGUAUUGCGUCGUACUCCUCUUUGCUUCAAUUGUGAUGGAGCUCACCAACUCAGGGAUUGCAGACUGCCAAGAAAUAAUGUUAGAAUAGCAGAAAAACGAAAAAGUAUUGCUCGAGUAGGCCGUUAUCAUAUAGAAGAUGAGCAGAAAUAUGGACAUCUGAUACCAGGUAGAAUAUCUGGACAACUCCGCCAUGCACUCGGCUUAAAGAGACAUGAACUUCCAUUGUACAUAUACAGAAUGCGAGUGUUGGGUUAUCCCCCGGGAUGGCUGGAAGAGGCUAAGAUAUCUCACUCAGGAAUCACAAUGUUUGAUUCAAGUGGCACUGCCAUUCAAGAUCCUGAAGAGGAGGAAGGCGAAGUGUGUGAGCCCGGUUCCAAAGAUAAAUUUGACAUUAAAAAGAUUCUGGACUUCCCCGGAUUUAAUGUGCCUGCUAGUUCACGUUACAAAGAGGAGGCGCAUUUAUUUGGAAUGCCACCUAUAUCUGAGCAAGACAGCAAGAUCGCGAUGCUGCAAAUGCUGGCCCCAAACGCCAUGAAAGCAUACAAGCGCAAGAAGUUGACUUUGUUUCCAUCAUCAGAAAACAAUACAUCUACACAAGAAACUGCUGAAAUGGAAUUGGACAGCGGAGGUGAAGAGGCAGAGUUCCCCACAGUGCCUCCGCUACCAGACGAAGAGCCGCCAUUGCCUCAAGCCCCGCCCCCGCCGCCACAGACUCCGCCCCCUGAAUCUCCGCCCCUGCUGCCCCCGGGUACAGAACUAGAUGAUAUCACCGACCCUGUUGCCCAGAAGACUGAUAGUGCUGACGAUAUAGAAGUACUCGAAGUCAUCAAAGUGAAAGAUAUACCGGUGCCCCAGCCAGAAAUGAUCACAAUAGAUGAUGAUGAGGACAAAUCUCAUGUAAGUAGUGCUCGUGGCAGCCCUACUCUUGAUGAUCUAGAACAAAAAAAAAGGGCGCUACUUAACGCGUUGGAAGGCGAAUUGGGAUUGAAAGAUAACGUGCCUAAAGAAGGCAUAGAAAAUGACGGUAAUGAUACCGCUGAUGAUAGAACUUUAUUCGAUGAAUGCGUCGAUGUACCCACUGACGAUUCUGAUACCUCACUACACGAUAGUAAUGACAAAGCGAAACUAGAUUCGUCUGACGUAGUUAGUAAUGAUGACGCAACUGAAGUAAAAGAAACUGUGAAUGACAAAUGCGCAAGUGUAGAUAUCGAAGUAAAUGUAUCGACACCAGAAAACAAAACGGGACGUGUGAAAAAUACGUCAUAUGGUACACCAGUGAUGAAUAUAGCUUCUUCCUACUUAAAAUUGCCUAGUGAUGAUAAGUUUGCAAAAGACAUUUGUGACGUCAUAAACUUUGAGAAUCUUCCCAACUCGACAGGGAAGUAUAAAAAAAUCUGUGACUUACUUAAAAAGGUUAAAAAUGAAGUGGACCGAAUACAAGAAUCAUGAUCGGUGCUUACUCCGCCUUAUAAAGGUGAGAGUUAAUGACAUUGAACUCUUAUGAAAGGGAUUAUUCAGCGAGUACCGAGUACUAAUAGUCAGUAACUUUAUGUUCAGUUUUAAGGAUCUAUGCAAUAGUUUUAACGACGUCGACGACGGUUUUGGUUACAUAUUUACCAAUUUUAUGAAAGCUUUAUUUGAAAUCUUGUAUGUUCGUCUUCAGUAGUUGCGCUCUCUUGGAUUGUAAAAUUACUCUUGACUCAUUUAUUAAUUUAUACCUAGGAAUUACUAUGAUAAGUAGUUUCGGAAAUUAACCAUCUGUUUAACGUGAACGGGAUUCUGUACGGGUUUAAUAAUAUAUUUUUAGUGAUUAGAGUGGCGCUGCAUUAUGUAUCGGUGCUUAUAUUAUUCAGACCUCAAGUUAUGGUUACCAAGACCUCUAUUAUUGAUUCCACAUACCAAUACCUUCUUCGAGGGUCAUAUUUGAUUUCAAACCUUCAUGAAUUCAUGUUACAAAAAAGCUUUAAAGUCCUGUUGUAUAAGGUAUAUUUUUGUGGUUCUUUCGUAUUGGCGCCACUACUGAAUCUUGCAUUAAAACAUCUAUGAAAUCCUCCGAUAACAAAAUUAUUGCUCGUAAAGAAUUUUGUGAUCUAUAUACAGCAUAAUAAGAAACAAAGUCGUAAACAUGAUUGGACCGAUUGAUGAUUUUUUAAUUUUUGUAUUUGUUUAUGCCCAAAUAAUUGUCGAUCUCAUGUUUAAGUUGAAUUAUCGAGUAAAAGUUUCAAGAUAAAUUUUAAAAUCCAAGAGGUCGGCUCUGCUGUCUCGAUGGACACGUUAUAUUUUGUUAAACAUCAAGGUAAGUCUUAUUUGUACCAAUAAAUAUUUUAUUAAAUCAUGCAAGUUUCUUUCUGC